AUGUCUCAAAUGACCUUGCUCGUGUCUCCGUCGUCGCAAAAACCGUCGCCGGAACAGCCGGUCAAGUUGCGGGUAUCGCCCCUGCUCUCGAACCGCCUGCCUCGCUCCCCUGGCGACUGUUCUCGCCAGGCAUGGUGUACCCCUCGUAACUCGGCUCUAGAAGCCCCAGCCGCUAAAAGAGUAGACCCGUUUCUCGCAAAGUACUUGAAGGAGCCACACACAAACAUGCAUGAGCUAUACUUCCGUCUGUUGCAGAAACAAUCCCAUAUUAAAAGCUUCGAUUACUAUAAGCAGUACCUCAAACUAACCACUGGAAAUGCAUCUCCUGCCAUUGGCAAGACCCAGAGUCGCAGUCGGGCAGAAUCUCCACUUAGAAAUAAGAUCCUGCUGCGGACUGACGAUGCUGAUGAACUUCUUGAUCAAAAUAUGGAGGAUUCAGGCUCAUCCGCUGACCUCAAAGCUACAGUCACUGAAGAACCAACAGCCGCCAGCCGGCGCCGGCCACGUUCCGUCACUAAGCUGCCUGUUCCAGGCGUCAAGAAAAUUCAUCCACAGGUGGAGCUGCAGAUUCUUUCGCGUGAGUUCAGCGAGUGUCCUACACCUGUACUCAUCAAACUAAUAGCGCGGAUGCUUCAGUCGCUCAUCAACCUCAACGAUCGAAAUGUUCCGGCCUCAAUUUCAAACCCCAUGUCUGAGAACUCCGGUGACCUGUCGCCAGAACGAAAGAAUAAGCUUCUUACGAGAUAUCACCUGCGCACGCCUCCAGCCAUAUCCAUCGAAACUUACAUCUCGCGGUUGGUGAAAUUCAACAACUUUACACAGGCAAAUCUUCUCUCGACCAUCUAUUAUAUCGAUCUCUUGUCGCAUAACUUCCAGCCCUACUUCACUCUCAAUUCGUGGACUGUGCAUCGGUUCUUGUUAGUGGCAACUAUGCUUGCACAGAAAGCACUCGAGGAUUUCUUCUACACAAAUGAUCAUUACGCAAAGGUGGGUGGUGUGGCUUUGACUGAGCUCAACUGCUUGGAGCUAGACUUCCUCAACCGUGUUGACUGGAAAGUCGUUCCUGCUAAGCAAAUUCUGAACAACCGCUCCUCAAUCAAGCACUCCAAAGAGGUCCUAGAUAUGUACUACUGGCAGUUAGUUUCCUUGAUGGGCAAGAAUGUGACUGAACAAAACAACAUUGUCUACGCUUUUGCCGAUCCACAAAAUACUGCCAGUAGCCGGCUCUGA